GAAGGUUCUUCUCCACUGGCUUCUUCUUGCGGUGUUGCUGUUAAUUCGUUCCUCUCUGUAGUGGUCUGUUCACCACCUGCCACAAUCACAGGCGGAAAGGCGACGGUUGGGGUAGAUGCUUCGGGUAAUGAUGUUGAAGACGUUCCAGAAAAACCAGCGCUUGUUGCUGUUGCUGCAUUCUCAGCAGAAACAGUGGUAGUUUCAUCUAAACUCGCUUCUACUUUAGGGGGUGCGUUUUUAUCGGAAGGUUCUUCUCCACUGGCUUCUUCUUGCGGUGUUGCUGUCUCGCUGCUCUCUGUAGUGGUCUGUUCUCCACCUGCCACAAUCACAGGCGGAAUGGCGACGGUUGAAGUGGAGCUCUCGGGUAGUGGUGAAGAUGCGGUAGAAAUGGGUUCCCCAGCAGGGAGUGGAGAUGUUGUUCCUAAGGAAUCAACGCUUGGACCAGUUGCUAAACUGUCACUUUCCGUUGUCGCUUGUGCACCACCUACCACAAUCACAGGUGGAAAGGCGACGGUUGGGGUAGAUGUUUCGGAUGAUGAUGUUGAAGAUGUUUCAGAAGAACCGGUGCUUGGAGCACUUGUUCCUGUUACUGCUGGUGAAGAUGCGGUGGUAGAAAUUUCCCCAGCAGGGAGUGAAGAUGUUGUUCCUAAGAAAUCAACGCUUGGUCCUGUUGCUAAGCUGGCACUUUCCGUUGUCGCUUGUGCACCACCUACCACAAUUACAGGUGGAAAGGCGACGGUUGGAGUAGAUGCUUCGGGUGAUGAUGUUGAAGACGUUUCAGAAGAACCGGUGCUUGCAGCACUUGUUCCUGCUGCUGGUGUGCUCUCAGCAGGAACAGUUGUCGUCUCAUCCAGGCUGGCUUGUAUCUUAGGAGAAGCGUUAUUUUCAAAGCCCUCCUCCCCACUGGCUUCUUCAUGCGGUGUUGUUGUUAAUUCGCUCCUCUCUGUAGUUGUAUGUUCACCGCCUAGCACCACAGGUGGCAAGGCGACAGUUGUGCUAGAUCCUUCGGGAGAGGCGUUAUUUUCGAAGCUCUCCUCCCCACUAGCUUCUUCAUGCGGUGUUGUUGUUAAUUCGCUCCUCUCUGUAGUUGUAUGUUCACUGUCUGGCACUACAGGUGGCAAGGCGACAGUUGUGCUAGAUCCUUCGGGUGAUAAUGUUGGAGACAUAUCAGAAGAACCAGUACUUGGACCACUGGUUGCUGUUGCGAGGGCUGGCGUGCUCUCAGCAGACACAGUGGUAGUUUCAUCUAAACUCGCUUCUACUUUAGGAAGAGCGUUUUUAUCGGAAGGUUCUUCUCCACUGGCUUCUACUUGCGGUGUUGUUGCUAAUUCACUCUUUUCGGUAGUGGUUUGCUCAUCGCCUGUUUCCGUCACAAAUCCUUCCACUGGUGGAGAUGUUGUGGUAGUUGGGGAUGUCUCUGAAGGAGAAACAGUUGGACCAGUUGCUAACUUGCUACUUUCCGUAGAGGUUUGUAUGCCACCUGCUACAAUCACAGGUGGAAGGACGACAGUUGCGGUAGAUGCUUCGGGUAAUAAUGUUGGGGAUGUUUCAGAAAAACCAGCGCUUGCAGCAUUUGUUCCUGUCGCUACUGGUGUGCUCUCAACAGGAAGGGUAGUAGUCUCAUCUAAGUUUGAUUCUACUCUAGGAAUCGCGUUUUCAUGGGAAGGUGCUUCUCCACUAGAUUCUUCUGUCGCUGUUGUUGAUAGCUCGCUCCUUUCGGUAGUGGUUUGCUCAUUGCCUGUCUCUGUUACAAAUCCUUCCACUGGUGAAGAAGUGGUAGCUGCGGAAGUUAGUGGAAGGGCGACAGUUGCGGUAGAUGCUUCGGGUAAUAAUGUUGGGGAUGGUUCAGAAAAACCAGCGCUUGGAGCACUUGUUCCUGUUGCUGCUGGUGUGCUCUCAGCAGGAAGAGUGGUAGUCUCAUCUAAGUUUGAUUCUACUCUAGGAAUCGCGUUUUCAUCGGGAGGUGCUUCUCCACUAGAUUCUUCUGUCGGUGUUGUUGAUAGCUCGCUCCUUUCGGUAGUGGUUUGCUCAUCGCCUCUCUCUGUCACAAAUCCUUCCACUGGUGAAGAAGAGGUAGAUGCGGAAGUUAGUGCACUCUCGGCAGAAAGUGUGGUAGUCUCACCCAAACCUGACUGCACUUCAGGAGGUGCGUUUUUGUCGUGA